CCAACUUUUCUUUAACUACAACAAACUUAAAAAAGAAUCCCACCUGACAAGAAAAGAGAGAGAAAGAGAAAUAUUUAUUUUAACAAAACAAAUAUCUUUUUUAGUUACUCUCUCUACUGAUAAACCUUAUCCAGAUUAUUUGAAACAGAGUAUACCAAUCAAUGAACUCAUCAUUCUCUGCUUUCUCUGAAAUGUUUGGCGGCUCCGAUUACGAGUCUUCGGUUUCAUCAGGCGGAGGAGAUUACUCUCCGACGCUUGCGACGAGCUGUCCCAAGAAACCAGCGGGUCGGAAGAAGUUUCGUGAGACCCGUCACCCAAUUUACAGAGGAGUUCGUCGGAGAAACUCCGGUAAGUGGGUUUGUGAGGUUAGAGAGCCAAACAAGAAGUCUAGCAUUUGGCUCGGAACUUUCCCAACGGCCGAGAUGGCAGCUCGUGCUCACGACGUCGCCGCUAUAGCCCUCCGAGGCAGAUCCGCUUGUCUAAACUUCGCUGACUCGGCUUGGCGGCUAAGAAUACCGAAGUCAACAUGCGCCAAGGAAAUCCAAAAGGCGGCUGCCGAAGCUGCGCUGGCUUUUCAGGACGAGAUGAUGAGUGAAUCAACGACUGAUCAUGGCCUUGACAUGGAGGAGACGUUGGUGGAAGCUAUUGUGACAGCGGAACAGAGCGAAGGGUUUUAUAUAGACGAAGAGGCCAUGUUUGGGAUGCCGAGUUUGUUGGCAAGUAUGGCCGAAGGGAUGCUUUUGCCGCUGCCGUCCGUACAAUGGAAUCACAAUUAUGGUAUCGACGGCGAUGAUGACGUGUCACUAUGGAGUUAUUAAACCUUCUAUUUUUUUUCAUGAUCCCCAUUUUUAGUGCUAUGAUAUUUUUAUUUAGUUUGGAUCCUUAAUUAGAAUGGAUCCUUCAUUUUUGUGAGAAACGAGUGUAAAUGAUUCAGUAUGGUUGGAUUUUCCUUGAUUGCAAGUAACCUUUUGGAAUAAAAAAAAAAUUUCAUCUGAA